AUGGCUAUGCCACAGCACAAAAGCUUUUGUAUUCUUGAGCUUGCGAAGUGUAAUUCCGUGAUUACAGUGCAAAGACGUUUCCGGUUGAGGUACGAAAUUGAUCCUCCGAAUGGAUGGAACAUUCGCAGAUGGUACCGUCAGUUUGUUGACACAGGUUGUGUAUGUAAAGGAAAGAGUCCUGGCCGACCUCGUGUAUCUGAAGAAAAUGUCGCACGGAUUCAAGCUGCUUACCAACGUAGCCCUUCAAAAUCAACACGUCGUGCCAGUCGGGAAUUGCAGCUGCCUAAAACAACAGUUUGGCGUGUUUUGAGACGCAGGAUUGAUACUUCUAAAAUAGGAUUUAAAAUAUUAAAAAAUACAUGUGGGAGGUAUUCAGUAUUCAGUCAAAUAGCAAAACAGGCUGAAUACCGAAUAGUAACCGAAUAUUCGUUGCAUCAUUACUCAAUAUACAUUAUUUUUCGAACUGCUGUUGAAAAUUUGCAUCCCUCUCCAACAGACACGUGUUCUUUAUAUUUAAAUCAUGCUACAAUAGCUGCUUUACCUUCAAAGUGUUCUCGUCAUAAUACUCCAUCUCAAUCUCAUUCAAUCACUAAAUUAGUAAGAAAUUGCACAGUUGGUGUGGAUGAAUAUAUAGUGAUGAUAUGUGAAAUGACUGAUGCAUUUGCCUCAGCAUGUGCCAUUGCCCGUGCCUUUCCUCUUUAUUCCCGAAAAUCUGCAUCUUCUUCUUCUUCAUUUACUGUAACUGUUGAAUUUAUUAUAGUUACAAAUGGAAAUGAUAAUCAAAAUUUAACUGAAAAUGAUAUUCAAUGUCUGUCAACAGCAACUGAAGGAAUACGUUUAGCUGCACGUAUUGUAGAUACUCCAUGUAGUGAAAUGCAUACAAGUACAUUUUUAGAGGAAAUUAAAACUGUGGGUGAAGCUCUUAAUAUUAUACCUACAAUAAUCCAAGGAAAUGAUUUACUUGAACAAGGAUUUGGUGGUAUUUAUGCUGUGGGAAAAGCUGCUGAACAUGCACCUGCACUUGCAGUUUUAAGUCAUAUUCCAGAUCAAGCUACUGAAACAAUUGCAUGGGUUGGAAAAGGAAUUGUAUAUGAUACUGGAGGUCUUUGCAUAAAAGCUAAGACUGCUAUGCCUGGAAUGAAAAGGGAUUGUGGUGGAGCUGCAGCUAUUUUAGGAGCAUUUUAUGCUGCUGUAAAAAUGGGUUUUAAACAAAGGCUACAUGCUGUAUUUUGUUUAGCUGAAAAUGCAGUUGGUCCUAAUGCACUUCGUCCAGAUGAUAUUAUUACGCUUUAUUCUGGAAGUACGGGUGAAGUGAAAAAUACAGAUGCAGAAGGAAGACUUGUUUUAGGAGAUGGGGUAGCUUAUGCUCACAAAGACUUACAAGCAAAUGUCAUUUUGGAUAUGGCAACACUAACAGGUGCUCAAGGAACAUGUACUGGAAAGUAUCAUGCUGCUAUUUUAACCAAUGCAGAAAGUUGGGAAAAAGCUUGUACUGUAGCUGGGCAAAUGUCUGGUGAUCUUGUUCAUCCUAUUCCAUAUUGCCCUGAACUACAUUUUAGUGAAUUUUCUAGUAGUAUUGCUGAUAUGAAGAAUUCUGUAGCUGAUCGAGGUAAUGCACAGCCAUCCUGUGCUGGAUUAUUCAUAGGAGCACAUUUAGGUUUUGAUUAUCAAGGUGUUUGGAUUCACAUUGAUAUGGCAUCAUCUGUUCAUUGUGGUGAAAGAGCUACUGGUUAUGGAGUUGCUUUGUUAAAUGUUCUAUUUGGCCACAUGUCAAAUAACCAACUAUUAAAUUCCCUUUCUCCAUCAUUUGAAAUGAAUGGGCCUAAAAUUGAAAGUGCUAGCAAGAAAAUUAAAUUAAAAUAAUUUAAAUAUUAUUAUACAAAUGAAAUUAUUUUAAGUAUUUUGUAAUUACAUGUAAAAGUGUAAUCAUUUACAAAUUUUAAAUAUUUUAUAGAAUUAUAUGACUUUCUUUUGUACAGAUAUUAGAUUAAUAUGAAAUAUUGUAAUGUAUUUGAUAAGCACAACAUUUUAUCAAAAUGCACUAAACUGUUUUCAAAUAAGUUUUAUAUGAACUUAGUAGAAAGCACUAACUAAAUUAUGAUCAUGUAGAUUGAAUUUAUAUUAUAAUAUCAAAACCUUAAUAGAAUAGUAUCUUACAAACAGUUAUAAUAAUAAUAAUAAUA